AGAGAAGUAUGGUUUAGGCUUUCAUGUUAGCCAUGGAUGUAGCACUUUCUCCCAUGAGAACACAAGAACUGGAUCCGAUGCCAUCUGAUGCCUCUCCCAUGCUCAUAAACAUGACCCCUACGGUGGAACAAGAAGGGGAAGGGGACGUCAUGAAGGACCUCGACUCUGGCCAGCAGUAUGAAAAGCCUCCUCCUCUGCACACCGGGGCUGACUGGAAGAUUGUUCUCCACUUGCCAGAAAUUGAGACCUGGCUCCGGAUGACGUCUGAAAGGGUCCGGGAUCUGACCUACUCUGUCCAGCAGGACUCGGACAGCAAGCACGUGGAUGUGCACCUGGUACAGCUGAAGGAUAUUUGUGAAGAUAUAUCUGAUCAUGUUGAACAAAUCCAUGCUCUACUAGAGACUGAGUUUUCCCUGAAGCUUCUGUCUUACUCAGUCAAUGUGAUAGUCGAUAUCCAUACAGUGCAACUCCUCUGGCACCAGCUGCGUGUUUCUGUCCUGGUUCUGAGAGAACGUAUUCUGCAGGGACUACAAGACGCCAAUGGAAACUACACCAGGCAGACUGAUAUCCUGCAAGCAUUUUCUGAGGAGACUAAGGAGGAUCGUCUUGACUCUUUAACUGAAGUUGAUGAUUCUGGACAGUUAACCAUCAAAUGUUCUCAAAAUUACUUGUCCCUGGAUUGUGGUAUUACUGCAUUUGAACUAUCUGAUUACAGUCCCAGUGAGGAUUUGCUCGGUGCUCUGGAUGAUAUGACCUCCAGUCAAGGGAAAGCAAAAUCAUUUGAAUCCUGGAACUACAGUGAGAUGGAUAAGGAAUUUCCAGGACUUAUCAGAAGUGUGGGUUUACUCGCAGUAGCAACAGAUUCCAUUGCUUCCCAGUGUAAUGAAGCAUUGAAGGAGAAAGAAAAUUAUGUACCUCUUUCAGCAGAAGAUGGAGAAGAAAGCAAAGACAAGACAGCAUCACAUGACCUGUCACUAGCAUCUCCUUCUGGAAAUUCCUCUCUUUCUAAAGGACCUUUCUCUGAAAAUGGUGUUUUACCUACUGACAGCAAAGCAGUUUCCAUAUCAAAGAAUCCAGAGUGCCAUCUUCCACAGCACACUGGUGAAAAUAUCAAACACUCUCACUGUGAAAAUUCAACACCUAAGAGGUCCAUAAGAGACUGCUUUAACUAUAAUGAAGACUCUCCUACGCAGCCUACAUUGCCAAAAAGAGGUCUAUUUCUGAAAGAUGAUGUGUUUAAAGAUUAUAUGGAUGCCAAUGAUUUAAAAAGGCAAAUCUCUCAAAUUGUUAAAAAUGAAAUGAGUAGAAGUACGCCCUCAUUGUUAGAUCCACCAGACAGGUCCAAGCUUUGUCUGGCUUUACAGCCGCCCUAUACUAACAGUCCAUCGGCAGUUAGUCAGUCAUACGAUUGCUUAAAUACAAUAAGUGAUAAAAAUCUUGAGUACACAAUAAAUAAUCACUUUAAAGACAGUCCCAUAAUUCUAGAAAAGUCUACUUUCUACACCUGUAAAGAAAAAUCAAAGCACAAGAAGUCUCAUGAUUCUCCAGAGAAAGUGAAAACUGAGAGAACACCUGGGAGUAUGUGUGAAACAGCUCCAUCAACCCAAGUCAAUAAAAGAGAGUGUUCUUCUUUACAGAAUGGAAUUACUUCUCAUAGCUCUAAGUCUCUGGAGGAGGCAGAAACAGAUUCUUCUGUAUCGUCAGAUUCUUGUAACCAGAGAGAUCCAAACAGGCAAUCACAAGGUAAAACUGAGCCCUUUAGUUCACCAACACGUAGCCAAAAGAGUGCUUCUUCAGCUGGUUCUGAGCUUUCCAACUCCUCCCCUCUUCCACCAAGAAGAAAGAAAAAUAAAAGCUUAUCCUCAACCCCACACUAUACUCAAAAAACCAGUAAGAACAGCGAGGUGUGGUAUGGAUCUGAUGAAUAUUUAGCACUUCCUUCACAUCUCAAACAGACUGAAGCAUUGGCUUUAAAACUAGAAAAUUUGACAAAGCUGCUGCCCCAAAAGCCCAGAAGAGAAACCAUCCAAAACAUCGAUGACUGGGAGCUGUCAGAAAUGAACUCAGAUUCAGAAAUGUAUCCGACAUACCAGACAAAAAAGCACAAAAAAAGGGGUAGAAUUUCACCAAGUUCUUCAAGUGAUAUAGUAUCCUCCUUAGGUGACAGUAUUGAAUCCGGGCCUCUCAGUGAUAUCCUCUCUGAUGAAGAUCUUUGUAUGCCUGUAUCUUGCAUUAAAAAAUACACUGAAGAAAAGUCAGAAAGGACUGCUACCACUAAGCCCCCUGGGAAUGAGACUUCUCCUACAAAUAAAUCAGCUUUAAUUCAUCAACUGAUGCAAGAUAUACAACACCAAGAGAAUUAUGAAACCAUAUGGGAAAAAAUUGAGGGGUUUGUAAGCAAGCUGGAUGAAUUCAUUCACUGGUUAAAUGAAGCCAUGGAAACAACAGACAACUGGACUCCUCCUAAAGCAGAGACAGACAGCCUUAAACUGUACCUGGAGACACACUUGAGUUUUAAGUUGAAUGUAGAUAGCCACUGUGCUUUAAAAGAAGCAGUGGUAGAGGAAGGACGCCAACUUCUUGAGCUUAUUGUAUCUCACAAAUCAGGACUGAAGGACAUGCUGCAGAUGAUUGGAAGUCAAUGGAAGGAACUACAGAGGCAAAUCAAACGGCAACACAGCUGGAUUCUUAGGGCUCUGGAUAUCAUCAAAGCGGAGAUACUGGCUACUGAUGUGUCUGCAGAGAAUGAGGAAGGGACUGGGAGCCCUAAGGCUGAGGUUCAGCUAUGCUAUCUGGAAGCACAAAGAGAUGCUGUUGAACAGAUGUCCUUAAAACUGUACAGUGAGCAGUACAACAGUAGUAGCAAGCGAAAGGAAGAGUUUGCUGAUAUGUCAAAAGUUCACACAGUGGGAAGUAAUGGCCUUUUGGACUUUGAUUCAGAAUACCAGGAGCUCUGGGAUUGGCUGAUUGACAUGGAAUCCAUUGUGAUGGACAGCCAUGACCUGAUGAUGUCAGAGGAGCAGCAGCAGCAUCUUUACAAGAGAUACAAUGUAGAAAUGUCAAUCAGACACCCAAAAAAGAUGGAACUGCUUAGUAAGGUUGAAGCUCUGAAGAAAAGUGGUGUUUUACUACCAAACGAUCUCCUUGAAAAAGUGGAUUCAAUUAAUGAAAAAUGGGAACUGCUUGGGAAAACCCUAGGAGAGAAGAUCCAAGACACAAUGGUAGGGCACAGUGGGUUAGGUCCACGUGACCUGCUCUCGCCUGAAAGCGGCAGCCUGGUAAGGCAGCUGGAGGUCAGGAUCAAAGAGCUGAAAGGGUGGCUGAGAGAUACAGAGCUUUUCAUCUUCAAUUCCUGUCUGAGACAAGAAAAUGAAGGAACAAUGAAUGCUGAGAAACAACUGCAAUAUUUUAAGUCUCUGUGCUCUGAGAUCAAGCAGAGGCGCCGUGGGGUAGCCUCUGUGCUGCGACUGUGCCAGCACCUCCUGGAUGAUCAGGAGACCUGCAACCUAAAUGCAGAUCACCAGUCCAUGCAGCUGAUAAUCGUAAACCUUGAGAGGAGGUGGGAAGCCAUUGUCAUGCAAGCUGUCCACUGGCAAACCAGGCUACAGAAGCGAUCAGAAAAAGACUCGGAGCCUCUAAAUGUUAUUGAUCCCAGUUUGAUGGAUCUAAAUGGUCCAAGUGAAGAUGCACUAGAAUGGGAUGAAACUGACAUAAGUAAUAAGCUCAUCAGUAUUCAUGAAGACUUAAGUGAUCCUGAUCAGGAGCUCAACAAGGAUGAUCUAAACCAGAAAUCUGCUUCAGAAGGAUGUGGUGAUAAUGAUGUGAAUGAAGAUGAAAGUAUCAAUAAUCAUGGAAUUUCUCUAUAUUGUCCCAACAUUACUUCCCCUCCAAAUCCUCACAUCUAUCAGGUCUAUAGCCUUCAUAAUAUUGAAUUAUCAGAAAAAAAACAUAUGCCUUUUUUGAAAAAAACAUCCGGACUCUCCAGUGUAAUGCAGUCUAACCUUUUAAACAAAAGUCUCAGUAAAGACUCAUCAUUUUCAUCUACCAAAUCCCUGCCAGAUCUAAUAGGAGGUACCACAUUGGCAAAACCAUAUAGCAUGUAUCAGAGUGGGAACAUAAGCAGGCAUUCUGAGAGUGAGAGUGGGAUAGUGAGUGAAUGUGAUACAGAAACUACAAAUAAUUCAGAAAUUUUUUUGCUAAAUGAUAUUGAAAGCAGUCAGAGUAAUCCUGAAACUGGGAAUGUGGAAAGCCAAGUGGAUAAUGUAAUAAAACCAAAACUAAAGCAAGAUGAAGAAGAUCACACUAGUCUUUCAGCUGAUUUCCAAUUGGCUCCUUCUGCAUGUUGUGGAAGUGAAAAUGAUGAGGAUUUGGACAGCAUUACUAUGUCUAAGCCUGGUUGUCUAGAAGAAUUGCAAGGAAAACCUGAUGUGUUUACAUUUUAUGAUUACUCAUAUCUUCAAGGCUCCAAAUUCAAAUUACCAGUGAUAAUGAAACAAUCGCAGAUUGAAAAAACACAUACAGAGGGUAGUUUUUUUCAUGACUUUUGUUUUGACAAAAUACCUGGUAAAUCUGAACAUAAGUCUGGAGAGUCACAACCAGAUGGGUUUAUUCAUGAUAAUGCUCUGGCAAGUAUCUGUGGAGAAUCAGAUCCCAAUUCCUGUAAAUCUGCAGAAACUGUAAGAAAAUUACCUGUUACAGAGAAUACAAGACAGGUUUCAACUUUAUCUCAUAGUUCUUCUUUAGAAUCUCUGUCUGUAGUAGGUGAUUUGUUCAGCUCAGGUAUUUUUAAAAGUGGAGAUGGUCUUCAGCGAAGUGCCUCUUUGGAGAGCUGGCUGACUUCCUACAAAAGCAAUGAAGAUCUUUUUAGUCACCAUGGCUCUGGAGACAUAAGUGCAAGCAGUGAUUCUGUUGGAGAGCUCAGUAAAAGGACAUUAGAUCUUUUGAAUCGCUUGGAGAAUAUCCAGAGUCCUUCAGAACAAAAAAUAAAACGCAGCAUCUCUGAUAUAACACUCCAAAGUAGCUCUCAAAAAAUGUCUUUUACUGGACAGCUGUCUUUAGAUAUUGCAUCUUCAAUCAAUGAAGAUUCAGCAGCUUCUCUCACUGAACUCAGCAGCAGUGAGGAUCUUUCUCUCUGCUCUGAAGACAUUGUACUACACAGAAAUAAAAUACCAGAUUCAAAUGCAUCAUUUAGAAAACAUCUUAAUAGAUCUGUAGCUGAUGAGAGCGAUGUCAAUGUCAGCAUGAUUGUUAAUGUCUCCUGCACUUCUGCUUGUACUGAUGAUGAAGAUGACAGUGAUUUGCUUUCAAGUUCCACCCUUACCUUAACUGAGGAAGAGCUAGGUAUCAAAGAUGAAGAUGACGACUCCAGUAUAGCAACUGAUGAGGAUAUUUAUGAAGAAUGCAAUUUAAUUUCAGGACUUGAUUAUAUAAAAAAUGAGCUCCAAACCUGGAUUAGACCAAAAUUUUCCUUGACAAGGGAGAAAAGAAAAAGUAACCUCAGUGAUGAAAUUCAGCGCAGUAAAGAAGUUAGUAAUGAGACAUCAAAGGCCACUGAUACUUUAAGCAUUGAAACACUGUUGAAUGGUUCAGUACAGAAAAUAUCAGAAAAUAAUGGCAAUAGUAAGAAUAUACCAUGUGAUCAUGAAAAAGGGACAAAGAGUCACCCAAUGAAAGACAUCUCUCAGAUGGUGAAGGAUCAGCUUGUGGAUGAUAUGGAGAAUGGCAAUGUCGAAAGUACUCUUGGCAGUCAAAAGGAAGGUCUUGUUAGAGUAGCAGCAACCCCCAAAACUCAUGCAUCACUUGAUGUCAGAGAAGCUGAAAAUGAAUGCGGUAUCUGUGAAGCAUUUACAGACAGUUCAGAUGAUUCACAUAUGGAUGGCAAGGAGACUGUUCUGUCCUCAACUGGAUCCAGGAACCCUCCAAAAGAAUGUCAAAGUUAUCUUCAGCCUGAUCAUCACUCUGUUGCUUCCUCUCCUGCAAAAAAGCCUUGCCUUGAAUCUUCCUCAGAACUUAAUUCUGUAGGCAUACAAGAUACAGCUUUACAGCCUUCCUUACCUAGUGGUCAACAACAUAGAAUAAACAUCACUGAAAAAAUUUCUGAUUGCUGUGCAGCCUUGAAAUCCAGUGAAGCAGAAUGCAACUCAUCAGCCAAUGGUCUUGAUUUGUGCUGUAACUGUGAAUCUGCUGAUUUUGAUAAAAAAGGCAUAGAAGAUGGCUCAGUACACAAUUUUGUGAGGGAGAUAAUAGACAUGGCAUCAACAGCUUUGAAAAGUAAGUCACAACCUGAAUGUGAGUCACCUUCUCCAGCUUCAUUAGCACAGAUCAAGGAAAAAGUGUUAGAACACUCUCACAGACCCAUCCAGCUAAGAAAAGGGGACUUCUAUUCUUAUCUUUCACUUUCUUCUCAUGAUAGUGACUGUGGAGAGGUAAUCAAAUACAUAGAGGAAAAGAGCAGCACUCCUGUGCCACUGGACUUCACAGAUGAGAGAGAAGAUAUUGAAUGCUUCUUUGAAGCCUGUCCUGAGGAAGAACGGGUUGGGCAGCAGCAGCAGUCAACUUCUAAUGGUUCUUCUGAAGCACAAGUUGAGCAGCAGCAACCUAUUUCUAACCCUAUUUCUGAACCAUCUGCAGAGUCACUAGGUGAAGUGACUCCAGAGUCAUUAGAAGUUAAAACUUCUUCUGAAGGUAGGGAUUUAUCUUUCUCAUGUGGGGAUGACAAUGAUAUAAAUAUUCCAAAUACUAACAAAAAAUGUGCAUCAAGUAAUUCAAAAAAUGCUGAUGAUGAUUUGCUGUUUUCAGAUGGACAAAAUGAAAGUUUGGAAAAGAAUUCUCCAGAGGUUAGCACUAAAAAGAGUAGUGCAGGAAAGUCACCUGGAACAGAAGAGAAAAGAGGAUGUGUUGCUGCUUCUCAAGAGGCUUCAGCUACAGAGUUUCAGAUAAAGCCUGGCCAUUCACAGAAAAAGGAUGGUUUGCAUCAGAACAGAAAAACUCUUACUUGUGAAGAAAAUCUCCUGAAACUUCAUAAGGAAAGACAUAUAAAUAUGCACAGAUAGAAUGUAACCCUCUCCAGACACAUAGAUAAUUCUAAAAACAGGUAUGUACUCUACAAGUUGCACUUUUUUUUAAAUUUUGGGUUUUUUUAACUUUUUUUUAAAACUUUUUUUUUGUACAAUGAAAGGAGAUGAAUUGUCAGCCAGGGCUUCUGUUUCAUGAUAGUGCUGUAUAAUUUGUUUUGAUUACACUACAAUCCCAGUUUACAUGUCACUAGUCAACAAAUGCAGUGAAUACUAAUUGCUUUUUGCCCUUUGGCUUUGCACUGACUGGAGCUGCUCCCUUCUGGAACAAGUCUGCUAUCUUUCAGAACCUGGGAAUUCUUCAAACAUAAUAUAUCAACCUCCUUUCCCUCCUCAACUGAGGGAACCAGAAACGACCUCUGCUCAUUGAUGCCUUUCUCUGCAGUCAGCUGGUCUUAGGAGGGGUUCAAAAGCACUUGAUAAAGCUGAACUUCCAGUUCUACAAGAACUAGUUCGUUUGACCAUUGAGUUGGAGUUCUACAGUAUUUCUAGAGAAUCAUGAAGAAUAGCUAAGCAGACUGGAGAAUAAAGAGAUAAUAAGUCAUUUCUUGAUGUCAGUUUGCCAUGAUUUUAAUUCAGUAAGCCAUUAUUAAGAACAUAAUUAUUACAACAUAGCAUUAGGCCAAAAGCUGAGGUUUCCAAAACAGCUCUCUUUACAACAUAAUGAAAGUGAUGUGAGGGUAUGGAGAGAGAAUAUAAUGUGAGGGAAAUGGAGAAAGAAAUUGAUAGUCACCCAGCAGUACUGCAACCUUUGGUUCUAUUUUCUGGUAAGCAUUUUGAAAUAUGAAUGAGAUGAUGGAACCUAAGGCAAAAAAGAUGGUCCUGAUCUCUACCAAUAUUCAAAAGUUCUGGAAAUUCUUACCUGGAAAUUUCUGAUCUGGAAUUUCUGACCUCACAUAAAUGUCGAACAAUAACUGCACGUUUAAUAACAGAGGAGUAUCUACAAAACAAAUUUUGAAACAAUUCCUAGUAUGCAGCAGUGCUGUUUUGAGUCUCACUAAUUUGGUGACCCAAAACCCAGCACAGCUCUGUCAAAUGCCACUAGUCUUUAGAAACACUCCUCCAGCAGACCACAGCCAGAACAGCAAAUCCAAAUGCCAAUCCAGUUCCAAAUUGCCAAAUUGCCAAUGCUUGCUAGAAGCUGUAGCAAGGGAAUUUCCAAUAAAACACAAGGCUAAGCAUGGGACAGGUUUCCUUCAGGAGUUCUAGAAUCUCCACCUGUGGAUAUUUUCAAAAUUCAAGUGGAUGUGGCCCUGAAUAAUCUUUUCUACCUUUGAAAAUAGCCUUCCUUUUAAUAGGAGGUUGGACCAGUUGAUAUUUAAGUUUCCUUCCAAGUUAUGCUAUGAUUCCAUGAUGUUGCCAGGAGAAAAGGCUGUUAUUCAUCACUGCCCAGGGAAAACAUUAGUGUUCUCCUAUGGCAAACUAUGUAGCUGUAGCAGAGGAUUUCAUCUGUUUUACACAAAAUAGAUUUCUUUGCUGCUCUUAAAGAUCUAACUUCCUAAUUUUAGGUUUUGUUACAUUUCUAAGCUUUGCGCUUUCCUUUUAUUGACAGUUUACCCAGCAUUCCCACAUUCACAUAUAUAUAUCUAGCAAAGCCUUUAGGUUAUGACAGCAAUAGUCUACAGCUUACUGCUAUCUCAACACAUCUCUGUUUGACUAAUGCAUUAUCUUGGAACCAUCAUAGCAAAGAGAUAUAUCUGGAAUGGCUUUGUAAUAGACUCUUAUGACCUGCUGAUUGCCUAUUAGGUUAAUACUUGGACACAUCCAAACAACUGGAGAAGCAAUGGAAAUCAACUAUGAAUCACAAAACUCUUAGAUGAUUCUGUGUAUUCUACAGUUAAAUUAAAAUAAUUAUGUGUAUAUAGAAGUCUCUGUUUGGAAAUUGAGACAAAAGUCCGAGAUUGUUAACUGAAACUGAUGUAAACAUAAGCUUUCCAAGUUAUUGUUCUACUAGUUUUCUUAUUUUUUCACUCAUUUUUAUAAUAUUAUUUUGAGGAAGAACACUUGCUGUAGUGAGUGUGAUUUUAUCCUUGUUCUCAUUAUUUCACUGAUGAAGAUAAUGACACGUCUUUUCAAUUUAUUAGUACUCUUGCUCUGAGGAUCUCAAAAUACUGCCUAAACUUACCUCACUCUUCACAACUUUAUAGUUACUUGCAUGGUAGCCAGAUUUUUUUUUUUUUCCAUAAGAAAAUACACAGUUUGUGUGAGGUCUAAGAUUGGACACAGAGGAUAGAUUUAAUAAUAAAUGCCCCACAAUGCAAUAAAAUAUAAUGCAGAAUCUGGAUACAACAACUUAAUAGGGUUAUGUUAUAGCUUCCACUUUUGCCUAGAGGCUGACAAAUUAUUUUAAGAGAACAAAGCCUUUCACACUACAUUCCCACUUCUUAAAUGUAGGAAGAUACACUGGCUCUUAACUUGUACAUACAGCAUUACUUCCAUGGAAACUAUCUACUGUAUUAUUCCCAAUAGUAAAGUUCUGGAAUACAUAUAGUUUAUCUCUGACACACCAAAAAUGAAAAUCUGAGCUGCUAGGUUUGGUUUCACUAAAGUCUGAGCUCCCUUCCCCCAUUCACAAGCUUGAUGCUUUAACUUCAUCUCUCAUGCUAUGGGGAAUGAAUUACAGAAGCAAUCUAUCCUAAUUUGUUAACUUAUUCAAAUAACAGUUAUUAUACUUAACUAUGCUAAAGAUUAUCUUUUUGGUGGCAGAUUGUUUAUUUUUUGAUGAGGCUAAUUACUGAUUUUCCAAAGGUAAUUUACAUUUAUUACUAAUACAUCUUUUAAAAUGUGACAGAUAAAUGUUGUUCCCAUAAGUGUAUUAUGAAAAAAGUUACUAUUUAAAAACACAUUAUUUAAUUUGAAAGAUAAAUGGCAAACACCAUUAUUUUUCCUGAAGCACCUGUGCUGUAAGCUCAUUUAAAUGUGUAAUUCCAUGUGUAGCUGCAAUACUUAGAAAAAAAAUCUAUAUGUGUACCUUAAAAGCAUAGUGAGAAUUGAAAGCUGAAAAAGGCAUGGUUUCAAAUGUAGGUUGAUUUUGUAUUGCUUUAGUAUUUACCUUGGCUGUACAGGAGAAUAAAACUAAUAGUGAAUAAAUACUUUUGUCAAAUGUUGUGAUCCCAUUGUUUAACAGUGCUACAAAAAAAACCCCUCAGACAAACAAACAAAAAGGGGGAAACGAACACAAAACUCCCACCAAAGCAAACCAAACCAAAGCAUAAACAACCAAAGACCAUUGUGGGAAAAUUGUAACAAUUCUAUUGGCAGGCUCAAAAAUAUAUCUGACAUCAGUGACAAGUCUUUCACAUGAGCCACCACGGAGUUCUUCAGCAGAGGUGAUCAUAAAGCUGUGGUGAUUUUAUUUCUCAGUUGGGGGUCACCUUGAAAGAUCUAUCUGUACAUGAGAUCAUGUGAUCUUCUGCAGUCACUGUGACCCAUGACUCACCAAUGGGAUGGGAACUUGUAGUUGCAAAUUCAAUAUGCACAGAGAUCGAUACAUUCAGGACAUUUAUGUGUUCUAUCCAAAGUCUUUUCGAGAGGAUGCCUUAGAAUUCUGUGUGUUAGUUCUUACAAGUAAAUCCAAAAAGCUAUUUCCCUAUGUCUGUAUUUUAAAUUUAAGUUUUAAUUUAAUUUAGGGAAAAAUAAUUCACUAGCACUUAAGAAAGCUAAAUUGAUUUUUUUCUGAAAGUGCUGGAAUAUUAGAUAGAAUAUUCUGCCACUUACUAUCACCAGGAAAAACCCAGCACUGGUGCUCAAAGUGCCUGACUCUUAUUUCCUGCUCAGCAAUAGAUAUUUUGUAUGACUUUUUCCUUCCUAGUCUCAGUUUUCUUUUUGCAACAAAAUAAUGAGAAUAAGGAUCGAUGGCACUUAUGAAGAAUAGCUUAUUUAUGUAAAAGUAUUUUGAGAUCCACAGAUAAAAGAUGGCACAUAAAUGCAAAGGACUGUUAGUUAUUUAUUUACUACAGGAGAAAAAAACCCCAUGUUUACAUAAUGGUUAGUAUAUAAUAAUUUACUUUUAGAGACUGGAACUAAAAUAAUAAUCUAAAUAUUUGCUUACUUUUUUUUCCUAGAGAUUUUUAUAGGGAAGUAAAUAAUAUAAAGUUCCUUUAUAGAGUUUAAAGCAGUCUUUUAAGCUCCUUACAGUACCUGCAUUUAAAAAAGCUAAAUAAACAGAGAAUCUUGUCUUAAGUCUAUGAAUUACAUCAUUUUUUAAAACCUUGACAUAAUCCAUCAAUGAGACUUUUCUUACUCAUGCCAGAAUUGUAGAAACCUUUUGAUACAAUCUUCUGCUUUAUUCAGAUCAGUUCUUCAUUAAUAUCUAAACAGACGGUUGAGCUUUUCACUGUUUUCAAGAGUAUUUCUUGUAUAAAUGAGGAGGCAUGUGGUCAGUUACAGCAAAGAAGAUCAGAGGAGAUGGUAACUGGAUAGAUCCAGAUACUCCUGCUUAACUUGGAAGGCACAUAAUGCAUGUCUGGAGUGCCUCCCAGGAAAUGCCUAUGAGAUGUACUUUGCACUAAUCUUUGAGCUGUAUUCUGACAGUUAUUUCUUCAUAAUUCUCAUCAUAAGCCCAUGCUCUUUGCUGAAUAGUUCCACCCUAGACUCUGAGCUGGAUAAUUCUAUAGUAGGCAAAUUGAACUCAUUUCUGGUACUAAAAGUGUCAAAAUAGUUAUUUACAAUUUAAAAAUUCAGUGAUGAUACUGGCAAUUCUAUUCACAGACCACUUCUGUGACAAUCUUUUCCUCUUCUCCAUUGAAGUCUCACUAUAUAGUGUUUGCACAAUAUUAAAGUAGUUGUUGGAUAGAUCUUUUUGUUGCUUGACUUUUGAAAAUUUUCAUGUUUUCAUUGGUUGGUGCACUUCUGUGUGCUGAAGGUAAGUUCAUAGGUAAAGAUGAGGACAAAAUCCAGAGAAAAGGUCCAAUGUGAUGAAGCCUUGUUUCUUUGGAAGCGAAGUCUUUAUGAAAACUAGUGACUACAUCAAUUCAUUUUUUUUACACUAACUUGUACCUCAGGCUGUUAAAAGUAUUUUUUUUUUGCCUACUGUAUGCUUCUGCAUUAAAGGCUCUGGCAUGCUACCAUUUAAUGGCUAUCUAUUAUUGUUCUGGAAGACCUAUAUUUUGCAAAUAAAACUUCAUUUUCUGUAACCUACUAUUACUUUUCUGUUUCCUUUUAGAAACUUGGCUGCAAUUCAGGUGCAGGUUCAUCCUGUAAACCCUGGGAUGACCUCCAAUUCCAUUGUAUCACUGCCCUUCAUUAAACUGACUCCCAAGAUAAUUUUUUUUCCAAAUGUGGUUUGUCCAUGUUGGCUUUGUGGUCAGGCUGCAUAUGCUAGUCCUAUUUCAGUGAUCACUUUGUUUUGUAGCAAGGCCAUUUGCUUUCAUAUGGAUUCCUCUCCCAAGCUACCUCUAAUGAUCUCCCCUUCCUAAAUUGGAUGCUCUUGUACUACUUACCACUGGUUCUGUUCUUUAAAGUUCUACAGAAUUCACGAUCAGUCUGGUUCAUCUUUUCAGAAUUGUACCUGUCAGUACUCUUCUAUUUUAUGUAUCAAAUUCAAUAUUUAUCUGUAUAAUGCAUAAGUUUAUUGAAAAUAUUUUGCUUUUAAAGUGACUAUUUUGUUGGAUUGCAGCAAAAUGAAGUCAUUGGUACUCUUGAUUCAAUACAUCUAAAAAUUAAGCAAUUUCAAUAAAUGGCAUUUUAUUUAUUUAAUUUAAAAAUUUAAUCUAUGCAACACUUCAAGAAACAACGACAUAGUGUUGUAUAUUAGAAACUGUUGACAUUCUACUGAAUUAAGUAUAACAUUUUGGGUUUUUAUGCUUCUUGAGGUGGUAAUGAGAAAAAAAGUUUUUAAAAAAUGUGUGCCUUGCUGUAUUUCUUAUACCAUUUAUUAAAAAGCUGCUUUCACAGUAAAAUUAUGUUGGUUUGAAAGAGGAAAUAGCAAGGUUAAGAUGUGUGAAUAAUUUCUGUAUAUAUGUAUAACCAACUGCAAACAUUGAUGUAUAAUGACAGUAUAAAAUGCUUUCAUGUUUGUGAUGUCCAGUGAUGUGGAAAUUAUAAGCCUUAAAACCAUUAGAUUGCAUGGUAAUUAGAAUUGGCAUAAUAAACAUAGUUUAUUGGGGAAAAAAAAGCAGAAUUGGUGAUCUGUUUUACCUGCGUUCCAAAUACAGAAUGCUUUAUCAAA